AUGGUCCCGAAAACCAUGGUAUCCAACGAAGUAUACCUCCUCCCCCUCAACGACGAUGGCUCGCCUCAGGUCGCCGGCGAAUACAUCUAUCUCGCCCCAAAGACAAACGAUCCUGUAACCAUUCGCUUUGCCAUCGAGGGUACCUCGUCCGUCUGUCGCCAUGGCAGUCUGUGGGUCAACAUUCCAGAGCAGGGCGCCGAGUUCCACCGAGAUCAGUUUCGCGAGUUCAAACUGAAACCCGACUUCAAUCGCACAAUUGAAAUCUCCGUUCCCAUCUUCCAGGCCGGCGCCUAUGCCUUCUACACCACCUACGCCGAGCUUCCAGAGCUCGCAGAGGAGCUCGACUCGACUCCUCAGACCGGCGCCACCAACAAAAAGACGCCCCUCUACUACAUCGAUGUCGCCCCGCGUCUCAGUCUCGAUGGCCGCCCGCUGCCAUUGCCCGCUCUGUCCAUCUUUUCAGUCAUUAGCAAGUUUAUGGGCAAAUACCCAGGCGACUGGGAAAAGCAUCUCCGUGGCAUUAGCGAUCGCGGUUACAACAUGAUUCAUUUCACCCCGUUGCAGGUUCGCGGUGCUUCCAAUUCCCCCUACAGCUUGUACGAUCAAUUGGGCUGGGACCCCGAAUGCUUCCCAGCCGGCGAGAAAGACAUCAAGGGCCUGGUGGAGAGCUUAGAAAAACAGUAUUCCCUCCUCAGUUUGACCGACAUUGUCCUUAAUCACACGGCACACAACACCGCAUGGCUGCAAGACCACCCAGAUGCUGGAUACAACCUGGUUACAGCACCUUGGCUCGAGUCGGCGUGGCUGCUGGAUUCGAAGCUGUUGGAGCUUAGCGAUAACCUUGAGAAGCUUGGACUCCCCACCGAGGUGAAGAGCAACGAUGACCUCAUCAAGAUUAUGGACGCCAUCAAGAAGCAAGUAAUCUCUGAGAUUCGCCUGUGGGAAUACUACGCCAUUGACGUCGAGCGCGACGUUGAGGCUGGCCUAGAAGCUUGGAUUGCCGGCAGCACCACGCUGCCGCAAGAUACCACUGGCGAUGCGAAUGUGACCGGACUGAGAGAUGCCUCUCUCAAAGACCAGGCUGAAUUUCUCAUCAAGAACGGCCUCCAGGGUGGCGACCGCAUGGGCGAAAGGUUCAGAAGGAAAGUUGACCCCAAGGUGGCGUCCGGACUUCUCUCCACCAUUUUUGGACGCUACGAGGGUGAGGAGGGCAGCGGCCCGACAAAGGCGGCAGCAAAGUCAAAGCUGGUUUCGAUUCUCGAUGAGAUCAAUCUCCCGUUCUACAAGGAGUACGAUAACGAACUCAGCGAGAUCCUGGAGCAGCUCUUCAACCGUAUCAAGUACUGCCGACUUGAUGAGCAUGGCCCGCGCAUGGGCCCCAUCAACAAGGAGUUCCCUCUCAUUGAGACCUACUUCACCCGCCUGCCAAAGAACGACACAACGGCCAAGAACAAGCCCGAAGAGAAUCUUUUGGUCAACAACGGCUGGGUCUGGGGUGGCAACGCCUUGGUUGACAACGCCGGCCCGGAUUCUCGCGUGUACCUGAGGCGCGAGGUCAUUGUCUGGGGCGAUUGUGUCAAGCUCCGCUACGGCAAGGGCCCCUCAGACAGUCCUUUCCUGUGGGAGUUCAUGACCAAGUACGCCCGUAUGCUCGCCAAGUACUUUGCUGGUUUCCGCAUUGACAACUGCCACUCUACGCCAAUCCAUGUCGCCGAGCACAUUCUCGACGAGGCACGCCGAGUCCGACCGGAUUUGUACGUCGUGGCAGAGUUGUUCUCUGGCUCCGAGGAGAUGGACUAUGUCUUCGUGAAGAGGCUUGGUCUGAGUGCUUUGAUCCGCGAGGCCAUGCAAGCGUGGAGCACUGGAGAGCUCAGUCGCCUGGUUCAUAAGCACGGUGGCCGUCCCAUUGGAAGCUUCGAGGUUGACGAGAUUUCAAAGGCAGACCCCAAGUCUCCUAUGAGCCCCAUGAGCCCGGCCAACGAAGGCAGCGACAUGCUCAACGGGAGCAGCCCGUCCUCGCGAGAGAUUAUCCGGAGAAUCAAGCCUGUGCCAGUUCAGGCCCUUUUCAUGGACUGCACUCACGACAACGAGACCCCGGCUCAGAAGCGUGAUGCUCGCGACACCCUCCCGAACGCUGCUCUUGUCAACAUGUGCGCCAGUGCAACUGGCAGUGUCAUGGGUUAUGAUGAGAUCUACCCCAAGCUCGUUGACCUCGUCAACGAGACUAGACUGUACACAUCCGAGUCAUCUUCCAAGCCUGUUAAGAUUGGCGGUGGCGGAAACGGCAUCGGUGGCAUCAAGAAGCUCUUGAACCAGAUCCAUACCCUCAUGGGCAAGGACGGAUACGACGAAACUCACAUCCACCACGAGGAUCAGUACAUCACCGUGCACAGAGUCCACCCCGAGUCAAGAAAGGGAUACUUCCUAAUUGCCCAUACUGCUUUCCCUGGCUACGGCAACGGCAACGGCGCCUUCAACGCGGUACACCUCGGAGGGACCAAAGCCCGUCAUCUCGGCAGCUGGAUGCUCGAGGUAGAUGCAAGCGAUGAGGCUCGCAAGGAGGCCUUGGACGACAAGAAGCUUCUGCGUGGCCUGCCUAGCCGCGUCGUGGAUGUCCCCGGCGUUCGUAUGGAGGUCAAGGGCGACGAUACCAUCAUUACCGUGCGCGACAAGUUCCCUCCUGGUAGCAUUGCUCUUUUCGAGACGUGGAUCCCAGCAGCUGAGCACUCAUCGGGUCUCGACAACUACGUCACUUCGGGUGCUAGGUCUGCCGUUGAGAACCUGAACCUGGUGGACCUCAACUUCCUGCUCUACCGGUGUGAGGCCGAGGAACGUGAUGGAAGCGGUGGCAACGAUGGGUGCUACGAGAUUCCCGGCUACGGCAAGCUCGUUUAUGCUGGUCUUCAGGGAUGGUGGAGUCUUCUCAAGGAUAUUAUCCGAGACAACAACCUUGCUCAUCCUCUGUGCCAGAAUCUGCGGGACGGCCAGUGGGCCCUGGAUUACAUUGUCGGACGCCUGGAGCGCAUCAGCAAGACGCCCGACUUCGAGAACCUCGAGAAGCCCGCGGUUUGGCUGAAGGAGCGGUUCGAUGCCAUUCGCAAGAUUCCGAGCUUCUUGCUGCCGAGAUACUUCAGCCUCGUUUUGCGCACCUUGUACUCUGCUUCAUGGGAGCGCGGUCUUGAACUGAUGAACGAGAACGUCCGCGAAGGACAGUGGUUCCUCCAGAGUCUCGCCAUGGUUAGCGUGCAAGAGACUGGCCUGGUCAAAUCUGGCUCUUUGUGGCCCAAGAAGCUGGUUCCGUCUUUGGCUGCUGGUCUGCCUCACUUCGCUGUUGAAUGGGCGAGAUGCUGGGGACGUGAUGUCUUCAUCUCACUUCGUGGUCUCUACCUCGGCACUGGCCGUUUCGACGAGGCAAAGGAGCACAUCCUUGCCUUUGCCAGUGUACUCAAGCACGGCAUGAUUCCCAACCUGCUCAGCAGUGGAGCUUUGCCGCGUUACAACUCUCGCGACUCCAUCUGGUUCUUCCUCCAAUGUAUCCAAGAUUACACCAAGUUCGCGCCCAACGGACUGGACUUGCUCCAGGAGAAGGUCAAGAGACGCUUCCUGCCUUACGACGACACCUGGUUCGAUGUCGAUGACUCCCGCACCUAUUCCCAGGAGAGCACCAUCGAGGAUAUCAUCCAGGAAGCACUGCAGAGGCACGCAUCUGGCAUGUCCUUCCGCGAGGCCAAUGCCGGUCCCUCGAUCGACUCGCAGAUGAGUGAUAAUGGCUUUAACAUUUCCAUCAAGACUGAUUGGGACACUGGUAUCAUCUUUGGUGGUAAUCAGAACAACUGCGGUACAUGGAUGGACAAGAUGGGCGAGAGCGAAAAGGCUGGAUCCAAGGGUGUUCCCGGUACACCCCGUGAUGGGGCCGCCAUUGAGAUCACUGGUCUUCUAUACAGCACUCUGAAGUGGGUGGCAUCGCUCAACCAGCAAGGCAAGUACCAGUAUUCGUCCGUGAAGAAGGCAGACGAGUCGACCAUUUCUCUUAGGGAGUGGGCCAACCUGAUCCGCGAAAACUUUGAGCGAUGCUACUGGGUUCCCCUUUCUGCCGAGGAAGACGCCAAGUACGAUGUCAACGCCCAGGUUAUCAAUCGCCGCGGUAUCUACAAGGACUUGUACAAGUCCGGCAAGGAGUACGAAGACUACCAACUGCGUGCCAACUUCCCCAUCGCCAUGUGCGCGGCACCCGAGCUCUUCGAUCCUGCGCAUGCGCUGCACGCCCUCUUGGUUGCCGACAAAGCCAUUCGUGGACCUACAGGCAUGGCAACUCUCGACCCUGCCGAUCUCAACUACAGGCCCUACUACCGCAAUAGCGAAGACAGUGAGGACUUCGCCACUAGCAAGGGACGAAACUACCACCAGGGCCCGGAAUGGCUCUGGCCCACUGGUUUCUUCCUUCGUGCUCUACUCAAGUUCGACCUCGCCAGAAGAGGUGACCAGGCUGGACGCAUCGAAGCCUUCCAGCAAGUCACGCGGAGACUUAUGGGCUGCAAGCAAAUGAUUAAGGAAAGCGUUUGGGCCGGCCUCGCUGAACUCACGCAAAAGGAUGGCGAAGACUGCCCCGACUCUUGUCCCACCCAGGCAUGGUCUGCCGGUUGUCUGAUUGACUUGUACAUGGAUGCGGCUGAGGAGCAAAGCGACAAAGCCAAGAUCGCCUUACCUGUAAGGACCAAGUAA